AGGGCCAAAGGACAAGAGGAGUAAAUAUAUUGAGGGCUGGAAUCCAUGAGGGACAACCCUUAUAACUAGAGAUGCAUCAAACCACGCUGAACCAAGGACCAGCAAGGUGCGGGAGAGCCUUAUCAACAUACUGUACACAAUCUUUGAAAGAGAACAAUCUGCUUGACCCCAACCAAUCAGGUUUCAAGACCACUCCACAGAAACUGCCUCCUGUCAGUCACCAAUGCCCUCCAGUCUGCCAGAGCGGCUUCAAGGUCAUCCGUCAUCAUUCUGCUGGACCUUUCUGCAGCGUUUGAUACAGUUAACCAUCAGAUCCUGCUUGCUAGACUUGGGCAUCACUGGCACUGCACUUCAGUGGAUCUCAUCCUACCUGUCGGGAAGAUCCUACCAGGUCUCCUGGGGAGGCAAAGUGUCAGGCCCUCGCCAGCUCUCCACUGGUGUCCCACAGGGCUCCGUCCUUGGACCCCUCCUCUUCUCCCUGUACACCACCUCACUUGCACCAAUCAUCACCUCCCAUGGCUUCUCCUACCACUGCUACGCUGACGACACGCAGCUGCACCUGUCGUUCCCCCCGACUGAUCCGGGGAUCUCAGCUAGGAUUGAGGCCUGCCUCACAGACAUCUCCGCCUGGAUGAACAAGCACCACCUCCAGCUGAACCUCGCCAAAACAGAACUUCUCCUCAUCCUGGCCAAACCCUCCAUCUCCCACGAUCUCUCAAUCACCUUGGGAUCUGCGACGGUGACCCCUUCAUCCUCUGCCAGGAACCUCGGGGUUACCAUGGAUGACAAGCUCUCCCUCACUGCCCACAUUGCUGCAGUCUCCCGGUCGUGUAGAUUCACCCUCUUCAACAUCCGGAAAAUCAGGAGAUACCUGUCUGAGCAUUCCACCCAGCUGCUAAUCCAAGCACUUGUGUCUCCAAGUUGGACUACUGCAACUCGCCGGUCUCCCAGCAUGCGCAACCCGCCCUCUCCAGAAGAUUCAGAACGCAGCAGCCCACCUGGUCUUCAAUCUACCCAGACGCUCCCAUGUUACCCCGCUCCUCAUCUCCCUCCACUGGCUUCCCAUCAUGGCCCGUAUCAGAUUCAAGACCCUGGUAGUGACCUUCCGAGCGGCUACAUCAAGUCUCUCCUCCAGCCUUACACCCCCACCCGCCACCUACGGUUUUCUUCUGACAACCGUCUGGUGGUCCUACCUCUCAAGAGCGCCCACUCCCAACCCAAGCUCUUCUCCUGUCUGGCCCCCCAAUGGUGGAAUCACCUCCCCACCUCCAUCACAGACACUGACCGUCUCCCCACAUUCAAGAAAAGGCUUAAGACACACUUGUUCAGGGAGUACAACGGUACUCCCGGAACAAGUGACACUGACUCUUAUUGAGGGACUUGUUGCUCGUUGGUUAGUUUGAUUUUGAAUUAGUUUGAGUUUGAACUGAUUUAACUUCUUGUACUUGCUGUGAACUAUGUUAUUGUUGCUUGCUUUUUCUACAGGUACACUCAGGUUGCACUUUUUUGAGGUUCAUGUUGUUUAAUUGUAACUUGUGUACUUGUGUAACUUGUACUCAGAUGGCUGAGCGGUUAGGGAGUCAGGCUAUUAAUGAGAAGGUUGUUGGUUCAAUUCCCAGCCGUGCAAAAAUGAAGUUGUGUCCUUGGGCAAGGCACCCCACCCUACUUGCCUCUGGGAGAAUGUCUC